AUGUCUCUCCUGCUUGCAACUUACGCGUCUAUUGCUUGUGGCCUGUUGUAUCUCGUCCGUGUGUUCUCCGAUCGUCAUCGUUGUAUGUCCGACAUUCCCACCGUUGGCGGGCCCUCACUCCCGAUCUUCUCUUACAUCGGCGCCAUACGAUCCCUCGUAGAUGCAGCCAACAUCAUACAAGACGGCUACGCAAAGUACAAAAAUCACUGCUUCAAGUACGCAGAACUUGGCUACUGGUGUGUUCUCGUCACAUCCCCAGCAGCCGUAGAGGAGCUUGCGCGGGCUCCAGAAGAUGUCGUGUCGUUCUCUGCCGCCGCAAUUGACCUGGUGCAGAUUCCAUACACCCUAGGCCCGAACAUCGCGCGAGAUCCCUAUCACAUCCGAGUCCUCCGUACACGACUCAUGCGUAACGUUCCACGGAUAAUUGACGAUCUACGGGACGAGAUUGUGUGUACUUUCAAUGACAAGAUACGAAUUGCGGAUUCUGGUAACUCGAAUGAAUGGGUUAGUAUAGGCCUGAAGGAUGUAGCUUUCCAGAGCGUAUGUCGGGCUGCCAACCGCAUAUUUGUCGGUCUACCAGUGUGCAGAGAUCCCGACUACAUAGCGGUCAACGAAGGAUUUACGAUGGAUGUUGUCGUUGGGAGCACUCUCAUCAAGUUAUUCCCUUCAUUUUUAAAGCCAUUUGUUGCAAAAUUCUGCACGAAUAUCCCCAGGAGUGUUGAUCGUGUUGUCCACCACUUGGAACCGAUAAUAAAGGAGCGCUUACUGCGUGCAGCCAUGGAUGUGAAACCACACUAUGCAGACGACGAGGAAGACAACCCGAGUGAUCUGCUGCAAUGGCUCAUCGAAGGUGCACAGGAGAGCACUGAGCGAACUGUCUCUGCACUCGCUUUGCGAGUGCUAGUCGUCAAUUUCGCUGCACUCCAUACGACGUCUACUGUACUCACCCAUAGCUUAUCCUACCUGGCGGCCUACCCGGAACACGCGGCAUCUCUCCGGGACGAAGUCGAUCGGGUUGUCCAAGCCGACGGCUGGAGCAAGGCCGCGGUUGGAAACAUGUGCCUCGUCGACAGCUUCCUUAAGGAAGUGGGGCGCGUCACUGGCUUGGGUGCAAUAUCUAUCAACCGCAAAACAGUACAGGAUUAUACGAUUUCGGACGGGACGUUCAUACCAAAAGGCACCUUCCUAGCUGCCGCGGCUCGUCCUAUCCACUUUGAUGGCGAACACUAUGCAAAUCCCGAUGUGUUUGACCCCUGGCGCUUCGUAAAUGGGGGAGGGAAAGACCACAUGAUCAAGACAAGCGACCAUUACCUGCUGUGGGGGCAUGGUCGACAUGCGUGUCCUGGUCGCUUCUUCGCUGCGACGAUGCUCAAGCUGAUACUCGCGCACGUCGUUAUGACUUACGACGUCAGAAGCCUGGACGGGGUAGCUGCACACGCUACACCGCCGCCGACGUGGAUAUCCGCAUCAAUGAUCCCUAAUCGCAAGGCAAAGGUGCUCUUCCGCGAGAGACAGCCAAAGCGUUGAUUUACAGAGCAUGGAAAGACCCGGAGGUGGCAUCCCACGCGUCACGAUGAGAGCUUGUAUAUCACGGACACUCAGGCCUCAGGCACAGAGUAAAGUAGUAACAUAACAGUCACGAAUCUAAGUCUGGGGGGGCAUGCAACCCGCAGAACGACGAC